AUGUACCUCGCUUUAGCUUCAGCUCUCCUUCUCCUUCCCGGGGUGACGUCCAGAUCCCUCUGGUCCGAUUCCCCCGGUAGCUAUGCGGAUCUCAUAACUACUGCGUUUUCAUUAGGGAAUGGUCGGGUGGGAGCAAUGCCUCUCGGACUACCCGGGAAGGAAAUCAUCAAUUUGAACAUCGAUUCCUUGUGGCAGGGUGGUCCGUUCGAGAGUCCAGACUAUGCUGGAGGUAAUCCCAACAUCUCCAAGGCAGACGCCCUCCCAGGUAUCAGAGAGUGGAUCUUCCAGAACGGCACGGGGAAUGUCUCUGCGCUGCUGGGCGAGUUUCCGCAUUACGGGUCGUUCCAGGUUCUGGCGAAUCUGACGGUUGAGCUGGGGGAUGGGGAUUUGGGCUCUGUGGCUGAUUACAGGCGGAGUCUGAAUUUGCGGACGGGAGUGUAUGCGGAUCGGUUCUGUGUGGGGGAGAGGGAGGCAUUCUGCUCGUAUCCUGACGGCGUAUGCGUUUACCGGCUUGCGUCGAAUACAAGUCUCCCGGCUGUGGCGAUCAAUCUGGAGAAUCUGCUGGCGGCGCCGGAGCCGAAUGUCACCUGCUCGGGGAAUAGUAUCAGUCUGUAUGGGCGGACGUUUCCGGGCAUUGGGAUGCGGUAUAAUGCUAGGGCGACGGUAGUAGUUCCCGGGCUGAAAAGUGAUCUAUGUGCGCAAUCUGCAGUCCGUGUGCCAGGAGGUCAGAGGGAGAUUGUCAUUGUGGUUGCGGCUGGAACGGAUUACGAUGCUUCCAAGGGCAAUGCGGCAGCCAAUUUCUCUUUCAGAGGAAAGGACCCCUAUGAUGACGUGCUAAAGACAUCGUCCAAUGCAGCCGGGAAGCCUUAUUCGCGGCUAAAGUCGGCGCAUAUCAAGGACUUUCAGAGCAUCUUUGAUGGAUUCACCCUCACUCUCCCAGACCCGUACAACUCCGCCAGCAAGCCAACAACCGAUCUCAUCGCGGCCUACACCCAGCCGGGCGACCCGUAUGUCGAAAACCUGCUCUUCGACUAUGGUCGGUAUCUGUUCCUCUCGUCCUCGCGACCAGGGAGCCUUCCGCCGAACCUACAAGGGCUCUGGACGGAACAGUACUCUCCGGCAUGGAGCGCCGAUUACCAUGCCAACAUCAACCUGCAGAUGAACCACUGGGGUGUCGAGCAGACUGGACUCGGCGGGCAGACAGAGCCGCUCUGGACUUAUAUGCUUGAGACCUGGCUGCCGCGCGGUGCAGAGACAGCGAGGUUGUUGUAUAACGCCGACGGGUGGGUGACGCACGACGAGAUGAAUAUUUUCGGGCAUACCGCGAUGAAAGACUCGGCACAAUGGGCCAACUACCCGGCCGUCAACGCGUGGAUGUCCCAGCAUGUCUGGGAUCAUUUCGACUAUACCCGGGAUAUCAAAUGGUACCAAACAGUCGGCUACCCAAUCCUCAAGGGGGCAGCCCAGUUCUGGCUCUCGCAGCUCGUCCAGGACGAGCACUUUAACGACGGAACCUGGGUCGUCAAUCCGUGCAACUCGCCAGAACAUGGUCCAACGACCUUCGGCUGCACCCACUUCCAACAACUCAUCUGGGAACUCUUCGACCACGUCCUCCGCGGCUGGACAGCCUCAGGCGACACCGACGCCACUUUUCACUCCGCCAUCGCCUCCAAAUUUUCGUCGCUUGACACCGGCAUCCACAUCGGGUCCUGGGGCCAGAUCCAAGAGUGGAAACUCGACCUCGACACCCCAAACGACACCCACCGACACCUGUCCAACCUCUACGGCUGGUACCCGGGCUACGCCAUCUCGUCCGUCCACGGACACAACACGACAAUCACCAACGCGGUAGCUACAACGCUCACCUCCCGCGGCUCCGGCAUCGAAGACUCGAAUACCGGCUGGGGAAAGCUCUGGCGCAGCGCCUGCUGGGCUCUUCUCAACGAGCCAGCCAACGCAUACAGCGAGCUCACCCUCGCUAUCCAGAAUAAUUUCGCGGCGAAUGGGUUGGACAUGUACUCCGGUAACCCGCCGUUUCAGAUCGAUGCCAAUUUUGGGGUUUUGGGGGCGGUGAUGGCGAUGCUUGUAAGGGAUUUGGAUGGAGUGGGGGAUGAUGGGCGGGUGCAGGCUGUGUUGCUGGGUCCGGCGAUUCCGGCGGCGUGGGGUGGCGGGAGUGUAACUGGGGUAAGGUUGAGAGGGGGUGGGAUGGUGGAUUUUAAAUGGGAUGAGGAUGGGGUUGUGAGGUCUUGUCGCGCUGAUCUGUCUGGGAGGGGAGGCCAGAAAGUAGAGUUCUAUGUUAAGGGGGGUGAUGCCAUUCGUUGUUGA